CUCCCUCCUUCCUCAUCUCUCACCAGGAGCAUCCCUCCCUCCAAACAUCCAAACACAAGCCGACGGGGCAAGAAGGCGCGUGCACACACACGCGUGGACGUUAUUGACACAAGCCGGUCACGAUGCACGGAUCUCCCCGCCGUGCAUGGACACGCGUGGGAUUUAUGGUGCCGCUGAACGGGCUGCUGCUGCUGCUACUGCUGCUGGCGACGCAGGCUGCGGAGAGAUACUCAACGGAGCAUGUUGUGGUACAGUUGCACGAGGAGGCGCCGGAGGAGGACGCGCACCAACUUGCAGCACAACACGGGUACCAGAGUGCUCGCAAGGUGGCCUUCGGAAAGGGACUCUAUCACUUCUAUCCCCAGGAUACUUUCAAGAAGCGAAGUAAACGCAGCGUUCACAGCAGGCAGUGGCUCCAAAAAGACAGCAGGGUGAAGAACGUUCUGAACCAAGAUGGUUUUAACCGUCAGAAACGUGGCUACCGAAGUUUGGAUGACAUGGAAGUCAACAUAAGCGACCCGUUGUUCACCAAACAGUGGUACUUGAUCAACACGGGCCAAGCAGAUGGCACCCCUGGGUUGGAUCUUAAUGUCGCCGAGGCCUGGCAAUUGGGCUACACGGGCCAAGGAGUCACCAUUGCAAUCAUGGAUGAUGGGAUUGACUAUCUACACCCAGACCUGGCAUCUAAUUAUAAUGCAGAUGCCAGUUAUGACUUCAGCAGCAAUGACCCGUACCCAUUUCCACGCUACACAGAUGAUUGGUUCAACAGUCAUGGCACACGAUGUGCUGGAGAAGUGUCAGCGGCAGCCAACAACAACAUCUGCGGUGUAGGAGUCGCCUACAACUCUAAGGUAGCAGGUAUUAGAAUGUUGGACCAGCCAUUCAUGACGGACAUCAUUGAGGCCUCAUCGAUCAGCCACAUGCCCCAAGUCAUUGACAUCUACAGUGCCAGCUGGGGACCUACCGAUGACGGCAAAACUGUGGAUGGACCCAGAGAGUUAACCCUUCAGGCUAUGGCUGAUGGUGUCAAUAAGGGGCGAGGAGGCAAAGGCAGCAUCUACGUAUGGGCAUCAGGAGAUGGCGGUAGCUAUGACGACUGCAAUUGUGAUGGUUACGCCUCGAGUAUGUGGACCAUUUCCAUCAACUCGGCAAUCAAUGAUGGACGCACGGCGCUCUACGACGAGAGUUGCUCGUCCACGCUGGCAUCCACUUUCAGCAAUGGACGCAAGAGGAACCCAGAAGCUGGCGUUGCUACCACUGACCUGUAUGGAAACUGCACUCUACGCCACUCAGGAACAUCAGCUGCAGCUCCAGAGGCAGCUGGAGUUUUUGCUCUGGCUCUUGAGGCCAACCCCGACCUGACGUGGAGAGACAUGCAGCACCUCUCAGUGCUUACCUCCAAGAGGAACCAGCUCCAUGACGAAGUGCAUCAGUGGAGGAGGAAUGGCGUGGGCCUUGAGUUUAACCAUCUUUUCGGCUAUGGCGUGCUGGACGCUGGCAGCAUGGUCAAAAUGGCAAAAGAGUGGAAGACGGUGCCUGAGCGCUUCCACUGUGUGGCAGGAUCUAUCCAGGAGAACCAUAAAAUCCAGUCAGGCAACAAACUCGUGCUCGCCAUCUCCACUGAAGCCUGCCAGGGCAAGGAUAACUUUGUCCGCUACCUGGAGCACGUGCAGGCAGUGAUCACCGUUAACGCCAGCCGCCGAGGUGACCUCAACGUCAACAUGACCUCGCCCAUGGGCACCAAGUCCAUCCUGUUGAGCCGACGGCCCCGCGACAACGACUCCAAGGUGGGCUUCGACAAGUGGCCCUUUAUGACCACGCACACCUGGGGCGAGGAUCCGCGCGGGACCUGGGUCCUGGAGGUGGGCUUCCGUGGCGAGGAGCCCCAGCAUGGCGUCCUCAAGGAAUGGACACUCAUGCUGCACGGAACACAAAGUGCCCCUUACAUAGACCAGAAAGUGCGCGACUACCAGUCCAAGUUGGCCAUGUCCAAGAAGGAGGAGCUUGAGGAGGAGUUGGACGAGGCGGUGGAGAGAAGUUUGAAGAGCUUGCUGAGGAAAAACAACUGAGGGGAAAAAAACCCAACCAUCUGCAUGUGUUGUCGUCAUCGCACCCUGUCUUGAGCAUUUCUUUCUUCCUGUCGCCUCAUUCUGCUUUUUGUACUUUCAAUUCCGACCUUCAAUGAAUGUUGAUCAAUAAAAGUACAAUAUAUCCUCCAGUAAUCAACACAAAGAAACUACUGUAUAACAUGAUUUUUACACUUGAACACAACUGUACAUAAACCAAAGUAAACUCUAAUGCUUCAUUGCUCUGCACUUCUCCCACUUUUUGUCUCUUCUGCCAGCUGUUGUACAGGUCGUGACUGUAAAUGAGUCCGUGUUAUGCUCCUUCAAGUUUCUGUUUAUAUUUUUGUGACAUGCUCCUUUUGUACAAACGAGAAGGAGAGGAAUGUGUGAAUCAUUUGCAGCCUGUGCUCCUCCGUUUGUAUUUCAUAAUCUUUGAUGUACACUAUAAUAAAUCUAUCCAGCUGUUUAUUAAAGCAAUCGAGUGAU